GGAAAUGAGCAGGAGCAGAUGAGACGUGUAAGGAGCAAAGCUCCAUUUGUGAGGAGGAUGGUCCUGCUAGUGAUAAAAGGCAGAGCCCUGAGAACUGAAGGAAACUUUGCUUCUUCCAGUCAAGUUGCAUAAAAGUUGGUUGCUCCUGUUUGUCCAGGGGAUCAGUCCCAGGGAAGUGAAUGUAAACCAAAGCCAGCAAAACAGAGUGACCAAUAAUACAUCUCCCACCUCCCAUUCGGUGCAUUUCAACAACAACAACAACAACACAGCAGCAUUUCUGAAGCUGAAAGUCCACGGGAAUAAGGUUUCAAACAUCAAGACAGUGAUGGCCAUGGAGAGCCUCAAGGGAAUGGGUGAAAGCUCUGAAUCACCAGCAAGGAUCUGGAGAUCUCCACACAUUCUCGGCGCACAGGACUGAGUCUUGGAUCAGUUGCCCAGUUCCCCAUUGACCUUCAUAGCCCUUGGGAUGCUGGCCAAAGCCAGGGGGCCAAGACAGCGGGGCCAAGAGGAGAAGUGGGAAGGAUACAGACCUCAGCAGGACAUGAUUCUUCCAACACGUCCCUGGAAAACCUCUGCCCCAUCAAGAAAUGCCUCCUGCUGCUUGGGGCCAUUGGGCUGCUGGCAGGGGCGGCCGUCGGGAUGUGGCUUCUAGUGAAAUUCCUGACAGCGCCCCUGUCGGACCAGGAUCCCAGCCCCCUGCAGGACAUGGAGUCGAUCCCGACCUGCACAGACGCCGGGGAAGAUGAGCCCGUCAUCACCACGGCUCCCAGGAGAGUAUCUUUCAGAAUAAACACGGGAAACUUCUUGUUGGAAGUGCAGGUGGAAGGCAGGCCCGGCUGGCUCCUGGCAUGUCACGAGCGGUGGAAUCUCUCCCUGGGGACUCUGAUCUGUAGGCAGCUGGGAUACCUCCAACUCGCCCACCACAAAGGAGUGAACCUGACAGAUGUCAAGGUGAACGAUACGCAAGAGUUUGUUCAGAUUGUGCCCAACCAGAAGAGCAGCAUUGAAGACGUGUGGCAGGUCAGGAGCAGCUGUGCUUCAGGGCGAAUUGUGGCUCUGAAGUGCUCCGAGUGCGGCCUGCGCUCCAGGGCAGCCCGGAUCGUGGGGGGAAGCGACGCCCCGUUGGGACGCUGGCCGUGGCAGGUCAGCCUGUACCUCAACUCCAGACACGUGUGCGGAGGCUCCGUGGUGGCGCACGACUGGAUCGUCACGGCCGCUCACUGCGUGCACAAUUACAGGUGGCCACAGGUCUCCAGCUGGCUGGUCUUUGCUGGGAUUAUCGCCCACGUGUCAGUCCCACAGCAGGCCGGGGCGGCGGUGGAGAAAAUCAUCUAUCACCCCCACUAUGACGACAGGAGUCACGACUAUGACAUCGCACUGAUGAAACUCACAGCGCCCUUGAACUUCUCCGAUGCUGUCCGUGCAGUGUGUUUACCGCUGCACCAUCAGGAUUUCCCCCACGGCACCCACUGCUGGAUCUCCGGCUGGGGCUACACCAGACCUGAACACGUUCCUGUUGCUGAGAUGCUGAAGGAAGCUAUUGUUCCCUUAAUCAGCACGAAGAAAUGCAACAGCUCCUGCAUGUACUCUGGUGAACUCACCCCCAGGAUGCUGUGUGCCGGCUACCUGGAUGGGAAAGUAGAUGCCUGCCAGGGAGACAGCGGGGGGCCGCUGGUUUGCCAAGAUGAACUCACCUGGCGCCUAGUGGGUAUCGUGAGCUGGGGCACGGGGUGUGCUGAACCCAACUACCCUGGGGUUUACACCAAGGUGGCCGAAUUCCUGGACUGGAUUUAUCAGAUCAUCGAGCAAGAGCCUUCCAGAGGCAGGAAAUCAGAAACGCAAGCCGGCUCCCUCUGCUUUGGACGGCGCAGAGCUGAGAGGCACAGAGGCAGGGCAAUCAGCAGCACAACAUGCACCUACAUACAGAGGGAUGGAAAAAUACUCCAAAAGGCCUAGAGGGCCCUGCUCCCUGUGGGAAAGAGCCACUAGGAGCAAAGCAAGGGUCAGGCUUAAGGAGCAGAGCCAUCCCCAGGGUGGACGUGCCAGGUAAAGAAGAGUCCAGGACAAAUGUAUCCCCACUCUGAAGCUCUGUCCCAGUUAAUAUGUAGUUACAGUGGAUCAGCAUGAACUGGAAAGACGGAGGGAGCCGUCCAAUCUGCCUGUUGCCAAGCCCUGUAAGGAGGCAUCUCCAGCAGCCCAGGUGUGUUCUUUGGUGUAGCGUGAGGGGCAGUCUCUCUGCUUUUGCCUGUUGCAGCUGAUCCAUAUUAAACAACUAGUGUUUGAGCAAAGCCUAACCUAGUUCUGCUGUAGUGCAAUGGUUUGGCCCCAUGCUUGGGCUGUGUGUACAGGUCUGUUGCAUCUUACGCGCAUUUAACAUGUGCGAUUUCUGCUUUACAUGG